AAUGCCACUGCGCAGUUCCCACAUCAGAACAGUUUCCAUAGGACUUUAAUAUAAAGAGUACCACACAGCUUAACUUGAAUCCACUCGUUUUACUUUUAAUCAUUCAACGGCACUUGUUAGUGAUAAGAACUAGAAAUGCCAUUUCUUGGACAAGACUGGCGUUCCCCCGGUCAAAGCUGGGUGAAAACAGAGGAGGGAUGGAAAAAAUCCACUGAGGACGAGAAAAAUAACAACCUUUCCGAGGUGGUGCAGAGCUUUUCCAAAGAAGAGGCUUAUUACAAAGAAAACUUACUGCUCUCCUUAAACUAUGACGCAGCUGCUAAGAAAAGAAAGAAGGACCUUCUCAAUAACAACACUAAAGUUCCCUAUUUCCACAAAGACCAGUGGAUAUAUGUACACAAGGGAAGCACAAAAGAGCGUCAUGGAUACUGCACACUGGGUGAAGCCUUCAACCGCCUGGAUUUCUGCAGUGCCAUUAAAGACCCCAAGCGAUUCAACUAUGUCGUGAGGCUGCUGGAGCUGAUUGCCAAGUCCCAACUGCCGUCCCUGAGCGGGGUGGCACUGAAGAACUUCAUGAACAUCCUGGAGAGGGUGGUGCAGAAAGUCCUGGAUGACCAGCAGAAUGUGCGUCCCAUCAAGGAGCUCCUGCAGACGCUGUACGGCUCUCUGUGCAGCCUGGUGAAGGACAUGGGCAAGUCUGUGCUGGUGGGCAACAUCAACAUCUGGGUGUACCGCAUGGAGAACAUCCUGCAGUGGAAGCAGCAGCUGGACAACAUCCAGAUCCGCAGGCCAGCCACCACGGGCAUGACCCUGACGGACCUGCCAGCCAGCCUGCAGCUCAACAUCAUGCGUUGCCUAUCUGACGGCCGCGACAUCGUCAGCCUGGGCCAGGUGUGCCCGGAUCUGGGCGUGGUCUCGGAGGACCGGCUGCUCUGGAAAAACCUGUGCCAGUACCACUUCACCGACCGACAGAUUCGCAAGCGGCUGAUGGUAUCCGACAAGGGACAUUUAGAGUGGAAGAGGAUGUAUUUCAAGAUGACUAGGUGCUACCCUCACAAGGAGCAGUACUGUGAGACUUUGCACUUCUGCACGCACUGUCACAUCCUCUUCUGGAAGGACACCAACCAUCCAUGCACAGCCAACAAUUCGGAGAGCUGCUGUGUGCCAGUGUCUCCACAGGGCUUCAUCAACCUCUUCAAGUUCUGAGGGGGCCUAAGAACCCUGCCAUUGGCCUGUACAUAUUGUCAAUAGUGCAAUGGAUUCCUGGAUGCCUUGAGACGGGGUGG